AUGAAGCUAUUAUCAGCGUCAAGAACAAUCGCAAUGAAGAUUCGCUACUUCAAGGACAAGAAGAACGACGACAAUUGUACAGUAGCAACGACGACCACGUUCGAUGAUGAAGCUGCAAUGGAUCAGGAAUCCAUAUUGAUUGGUGCUCUCGAAGACCUAGUCACUCUUGGAUGUGAAGCGCUAGCGGUAGUGGGGAGAGAUCUUGUUACUCUAAGCCUGAAGGACCCCGAUGAUGUGGAUUGUCGUGACCGAAGGAACUAUUUUUGGGUUGGCUCACUACAUGGCACAGUGAAACUUCUAGUUCAAGCUACCGAACGUGGAGACGACUUCGAACGUGGUGACGACUUCGCUGAUGCUCGCGACCUUCAUGACGCAUGCAAGGAAGGCUUUUGGAUGGAAAUUGACAAUCUUCCAAAUGAGCGAAAGGGAGAGCUUCUCUCGACUCUUGGUGAGCUGAAACUUCAGAAGAAGAAGCGCAAGGCUCGGAUCUUAGCAGGCUUGCGUCGCUUGAAUUGCAAUCGCCGCAGCACUCGAAAGAACCAUCGCGGCGUCGUAUUCGGUAUGCUAACCGACGCGCUUCGAUUCGGUGAGUGGAUUGGCAACGGGGUUGGGGAUCUGGUUGUUGGCUUUCGUCGGCGAGGACGCGACGCCCCAUCCGAUUCAGCACCGAGCGAUCAAGCUGUCGGCCAUACCAGCAACACUGAGGGACGAACAAAUGACGAGCUGAUCGCGGAGAAUGCGGCUUUGCGCGGAGACCUACGUAAGGCAAUUGAAGAGCUGCGUGAGGCUCACGAGAAACAUGAGGAAGCACUCAGCCGUCUUCGCAAAGAAUUGGAUACUACUCGCAAAGAAUUGGAUACUAUGAUCGAGCAACUUCCUACUAUUCGAGAGGAGUGA